UCCUCCAGUCCCUCCCUCGGCCGCCUCUCCGCCCGGAGCGAGCGCGCAGCCCCGCGCAGCAGCGCCCACCGGUCCCGUCCUGUGAGCCCCGGCCCCAGCCGCGGACAGCCCCGCGGAGUUGCCUCCCGGCCCACCCGCCCGGCCGCCGAGGAGCGGGAGGAGGACGGGACCCCGGCGCCCCCACCCCCCUAUCCGCGGGAGGAGCAAGCAACAAGACCUCACUCUACUAGUGACACAUCCUUAGCAGAGACUUGGCAUUGGCAGAGUUUCCUUGGAACAGUAUACCUCUGAGAAGGAGCUGAUGUGGAGGAGCAGCUGAGGCGGUCCAAGAUGACGACCACAGUAGCCACAGACUACGACAACAUUGAGAUCCAACAGCAGUACAGCGAUGUCAACAACCGCUGGGACGUGGACGACUGGGACAACGAGAACAGCUCCGCGCGGCUCUUUGAGCGGUCCCGCAUCAAGGCUCUGGCAGAUGAACGUGAAGCCGUGCAGAAGAAGACCUUCACCAAGUGGGUCAACUCCCACCUCGCCCGGGUGUCCUGCCGGAUCACAGACCUGUACACUGACCUUCGGGAUGGACGGAUGCUCAUCAAGCUGCUGGAGGUCCUCUCCGGAGAGAGACUGCCUAAACCCACCAAGGGACGAAUGCGCAUCCACUGUCUGGAGAACGUGGACAAGGCCCUUCAGUUCCUGAAGGAGCAGAGAGUCCAUCUUGAGAACAUGGGGUCCCACGACAUCGUGGAUGGGAACCACCGGCUGACCCUCGGCCUUAUCUGGACCAUCAUCCUGCGCUUCCAGAUCCAGGAUAUCAGCGUGGAAACUGAAGACAACAAAGAAAAGAAAUCUGCCAAGGAUGCAUUGCUGUUGUGGUGCCAGAUGAAGACAGCUGGGUACCCCAACGUCAACAUUCACAAUUUCACCACUAGCUGGAGGGACGGCAUGGCCUUCAAUGCACUGAUACACAAACACCGGCCUGACCUGAUAGAUUUUGACAAGCUAAAGAAAUCCAAUGCACACUACAAUCUGCAGAAUGCAUUUAACCUUGCAGAGCAGCACCUCGGCCUUACUAAACUGUUGGACCCCGAAGAUAUCAGUGUGGACCACCCCGAUGAGAAGUCCAUUAUCACUUAUGUGGUGACUUAUUACCACUACUUCUCAAAGAUGAAGGCCUUGGCUGUUGAAGGAAAACGAAUUGGAAAGGUGCUCGACAAUGCUAUUGAAACAGAAAAAAUGAUCGAAAAGUAUGAAUCCCUUGCCUCUGACCUUCUGGAGUGGAUUGAACAAACCAUCAUUAUUUUGAACAAUCGCAAAUUUGCCAACUCGCUGGUUGGGGUUCAACAACAGCUUCAGGCCUUCAACACCUACCGCACUGUGGAGAAACCGCCCAAAUUUACUGAGAAGGGGAACUUGGAAGUCCUGCUUUUCACUAUUCAGAGCAAGAUGAGGGCCAAUAACCAGAAGGUCUACAUGCCCCGGGAGGGGAAGCUCAUCUCUGACAUUAACAAGGCCUGGGAAAGACUGGAAAAAGCGGAACAUGAGCGAGAACUGGCCCUGCGGAACGAGCUUAUAAGACAGGAGAAACUGGAACAGCUCGCCCGCAGAUUUGACCGCAAGGCAGCUAUGAGGGAGACCUGGCUGAGCGAGAACCAGCGUCUGGUGUCCCAGGACAACUUUGGAUUUGACCUUCCCGCAGUCGAGGCUGCCACGAAAAAGCAUGAGGCCAUUGAGACGGACAUUGCCGCGUACGAGGAGCGCGUGCAGGCCGUGGUGGCCGUGGCCAGGGAGCUGGAAGCGGAGAACUACCACGACAUCAAGCGCAUUGCGGCGAGGAAGGACAACGUCAUCCGGCUCUGGGAGUACCUGCUGGAGCUGCUCAGGGCCCGGCGGCAGCGCCUCGAGAUGAACCUGGGGCUGCAGAAGAUAUUCCAGGAAAUGCUCUACAUUAUGGACUGGAUGGAUGAAAUGAAGGUGCUAUUAUUGUCUCAAGACUAUGGCAAACACUUGCUCGGCGUGGAAGACCUGUUACAGAAGCACGCCCUGGUUGAAGCGGACAUUGGCAUCCAGGCCGAGCGGGUGAGAGGUGUCAAUGCCUCCGCCCAGAAGUUUGCAACAGACGGGGAAGGUUACAAGCCCUGCGACCCCCAGGUGAUCCGAGACCGCGUGGCCCACAUGGAGUUCUGUUACCAAGAGCUUUGCCAGCUGGCGGCCGAGCGCCGGGCCCGCCUGGAAGAGUCCCGUCGCCUCUGGAAGUUCUUCUGGGAGAUGGCCGAGGAGGAAGGCUGGAUCCGGGAGAAGGAGAAGAUCCUGUCCUCCGACGACUAUGGCAAAGACCUCACCAGCGUCAUGCGGCUGCUCAGCAAGCACCGGGCGUUCGAGGACGAGAUGAGCGGCCGCAGCGGCCACUUCGAGCAGGCCAUCAAGGAGGGCGAAGACAUGAUCGCCGAGGAGCAUUUCGGGUCGGAGAAGAUCCGGGAGCGGAUCGCCUACAUUCGCGAGCAGUGGGCCCACCUGGAGCAGCUCUCGGCCAUCCGCAAGAAGCGCCUGGAGGAGGCCUCGCUGCUGCAUCAGUUCCAGGCGGACGCCGACGACAUCGACGCCUGGAUGCUGGACAUCCUCAAGAUCGUCUCCAGCAACGACGUGGGCCACGACGAGUACUCCACCCAGUCCCUGGUCAGGAAGCACAAGGACGUGGCAGAGGAGAUCGCCAACUACCGGCCCACCAUCGACUCGCUGCACGAGCAGGCCGGCGCCCUCCCCCAGGAGCACGCUGAGUCUCCCGACGUGCAGGGCCGACUGGCGGGCAUCGAGGAGCGCUACAAGGAGGUGGCCGAGCUGACGCGGCUGCGGAAGCAGGCGCUGCAGGACACCCUGGCCCUGUACAAGAUGUUCAGCGAGGCCGGCGCCUGCGAGCUCUGGAUCGACGAGAAGGAGCAGUGGCUCGACAACAUGCAGAUCCCAGAGAAGCUGGAGGACCUGGAGGUCAUCCAGCACAGAUUCGAGAGCCUAGAGCCAGAGAUGAACAACCAGGCUUCCCGGGUGGCGGUGGUGAACCAGAUCGCUCGGCAGCUGAUGCACAGCGGCCACCCGAGUGAGAAGGAGAUCAAGGCCCAGCAGGACAAGCUCAACACGAGGUGGAGUCAGUUCAGGGAGCUGGUGGACCGGAAGAAGGACGCUCUCCUCUCCGCCCUGAGCAUCCAGAACUACCACCUCGAGUGCAACGAAACCAAGUCCUGGAUUCGGGAAAAGACCAAGGUCAUUGAAUCCACCCAGGACCUGGGCAACGACCUGGCGGGAGUCAUGGCCCUGCAGCGCAAGCUGACCGGCAUGGAGCGGGACCUGGUGGCCAUCGAGGCAAAGCUGAGCGACCUGCAGAAGGAGGCCGAGAAGCUGGAGUCCGAGCACCCCGACCAGGCCCAGGCCAUCCUGUCUCGGCUGGCCGAGAUCAGCGACGUGUGGGAGGAGAUGAAGACCACGCUGAAGAACCGCGAGGCCUCCUUGGGAGAGGCCAGCAAGCUGCAGCAGUUCCUGCGGGACCUGGAUGACUUCCAGUCCUGGCUCUCCAGGACCCAGACGGCCAUCGCCUCCGAGGACAUGCCCAACACCCUGACCGAGGCUGAGAAGCUCCUCACGCAGCACGAGAACAUCAAAAACGAGAUCGACAACUAUGAGGAGGACUACCAGAAGAUGAGGGACAUGGGCGAGAUGGUCACCCAGGGCCAGACCGACGCCCAGUACAUGUUCUUGCGGCAGCGGCUGCAGGCCCUGGACACUGGGUGGAAUGAGCUCCACAAGAUGUGGGAGAACAGGCAGAACCUCCUCUCCCAGUCCCACGCCUACCAGCAGUUCCUGCGGGACACGAAGCAGGCCGAAGCCUUCCUUAACAACCAGGAGUAUGUUUUGGCCCAUACUGAAAUGCCCACCACCUUGGAAGGAGCUGAAGCAGCUAUUAAAAAACAAGAGGACUUCAUGACCACCAUGGACGCCAACGAGGAGAAGAUCAAUGCGGUCGUGGAGACGGGCCGGAGGCUGGUGAGCGAUGGGAACAUCAGUGCGGACCGCAUCCAGGAGAAGGUGGACUCUAUCGAUGACAGACAUAGGAAGAAUCGUGAGGCAGCCAGUGAGCUUCUGAUGAGACUGAAGGACAACAGGGAUCUUCAGAAAUUCCUGCAAGAUUGUCAGGAGCUGUCUCUCUGGAUCAAUGAAAAGAUGCUUACAGCCCAGGACAUGUCUUAUGAUGAAGCCAGAAAUCUGCACAGUAAAUGGUUAAAACAUCAAGCCUUUAUGGCAGAACUUGCAUCCAACAAAGAAUGGCUUGACAAAAUUGAGAAGGAAGGAAUGCAGCUCAUUUCAGAAAAGCCAGAGACGGAAGCCGUGGUGAAGGAGAAACUCACAGGUUUACAUAAAAUGUGGGAAGUCCUUGAGUCUACCACACAGACCAAGGCCCAGCGGCUCUUCGAUGCAAACAGAGCUGAACUCUUCACCCAGAGCUGUGCAGAUCUGGACAAAUGGCUGCACGGCCUGGAGAGUCAGAUUCAAUCUGAUGACUAUGGCAAAGACCUCACCAGUGUCAACAUCCUGCUGAAAAAGCAACAGGCAAGUGGCUGUUUCCCUGCCGUGGUCCUGAUAGUCUUAACUCGCCCACCGUAUUCUCAGACAUCCCCUUGGUGUGUGAAGGGAUUUUAACCCAGCACAGCGGGC